GACUCUUUCUCUCUCCUCCCUCUCUCUCUCUCUCUUGUGUCUCUCUCUACGCUUCUUCUUCUUCUUCUUCUUCUUCAUCUCCUCUCAAGCAACAAAGUCAUAAAUGCCAACGAAGUUAGGGUUUUCCUGUAUCCUGAGAAAAGUAAAAAACAUCCCGACUUUUCUCCUCCCCGCGAUCGAUUUUCCGUGCACUCCUACGAAAGCCACCGAUUAAACCUCCAUUUCGAUCGAUUUCUCAGCUAGUUACUCCGUUUCCACGAUCAAAUUUGAGCUGAAGUUAGGAAAUUUUGAAGCUUUUGACCAUUGAUUCUUUCCCCUUUUUUUUUUUGUUUUUGUUUUUGUUUUUGGUUUCACUCUCUCUAUUCCUAAAUCUAAAACAUGGAUUAGGGGUUUUGAUGAAGUGGUUAUAGAGCAAUUUGUUUCUUUUAGCUCAUUUCUUUUUGGAGAAUUUACUGGAUUAAGUUCGAUUUCUAAGUUUCAAUUUUGGUAUCGGCACACAAAAUCAUAUUUUGAAGUGAAAUAAGCAUUUUCACGAGCUAAAUCCCUAAUUUUCCCUUCCAGUUUCCUUUUUUUUUUUUUUUUUUGAUCGAUUCAUUGUCCCGAAAUGAGGCUAAUCGUACAAGUAAUCGAAGCUCGUAAUCUCCUAGCGAUGGAUUCGAACGGAUUGAGCGAUCCGUACGCGAAGCUACAGCUGGGGAAGCAGCGGUCGAAGACGAAGGUGAUCAAGGAGAACCUAAACCCUACGUGGAACGAGGAGUUUAGCUUCCGCGUUGGGGAUCUCAACGACGAGCUCACCAUUUAUGUGCUCGAUGAGGACAAGUACUUCGCCGACGAUUUCUUAGGGCAGGUCAAAGUGUCCUUGACCAAAGUGUUGGAUGCGGAUAACUUUUCUCUCGGCACGCAGUGGUAUCAGCUCCAUCCUAAGGGGAAAAAGUUAAAGAACAAAGAUUGUGGAGAAAUUUGUCUCACGAUUUCCUUGUCCCACAAAAGCGCUGAAGAAUCACCAAAAGCGGCAAGCGUUAUGCAACCUUUAUCUGAUGAUCUUGCAUCAAACUCGGACAGAUCAGGGGAGUUGAAGACAGGGCUUCCGUUAUCCAAUGGUAACAAAGAACCAUCUCCUUUACCGAGCGCUGAUGAAACAGAAUCUACCAAAGAUGACAGGACAAAUGGACCUUCAUUGGUCGACCGAAUAUACCAAAUUUUUGCCGGGAAAAAUCAAGUAGAAGCUACAUCGUCAGAAAAGGAUUCUGAGUUAUCUGAAGACCUUCGAGAAGCCUCAACAAAUUUAGAGGUUUCUGAAAUCCAAAUUGAUGAUGCAUAUUUAAACCUCUCUUUUGAGGAUUUACUAAAAACGUUCGAAUCCAAACAUCAAGAAACGGAAACACCUGAAUCCUUACCAGGCGGAGUUGUGCUCGACCAAUGUUAUGCUGUUUCGCCGUUUGAUCUGAAUACACUUCUCUUUUCGCCGAGUUCAAACUUUUUACAAUCACUUGCAGAGGUUCAAGGGUCUACUGGCCUGCAAAUCGAACCUUGGAGACUCGAAAAUGACGGUGAGAUCCUUAAAAGAGUGAUUAGCUACACCAAGGCCGCCACUAAAUUAGUUAAGGCUGUUAAAGCUACAGAGGAGCAGACAUACUUGAAGGCUGACGGGAAAACAUAUUGCAUCUUGUUAAGUGUUAGUACUCCUGAUGUACCUUUCGGUACUUCUUUUAGGACGGAGGUCCUCUUUUGCAUAAUUCCGGGGCCCGAGCUGCCCUCUGAAGAAAAAUCUUCACGCCUUGUAAUAUCAUGGCGCACAAAUUUCUUACAAAGUACCAUGAUGAAGAGUAUGAUUGAAAAUGGGACAAGGCAAGGAAUGAAGGAGAACUAUGCGCAGUUUGCUGAGUUGCUUUCUCAGAAUGCCAAGCCACUUGAUUUAAAGGACACUGGAUCUAGUAAAGAAGAAAUAUUGGCUUCUUUGCAAACUGAGGAGGAGUCUGAUUGGAAGCUGGCGGUUCGAUUCUUUGGGAAUUUUACUGUUGUAUCCUCGGUAUUUGUAGCCAUUUAUGUUUUUACUCAUAUCAUGCUUGCAAAACCCAGUGUAGUUCAGGGGCUCGAGUUUCCGGGCCUGGACCUGCCGGACUCGAUUGGGGAAGUUGUGGUUUGUGGGGUUUUGGUACUUCAAGGACAGCGUGUUUUAAAUAUGUUAGCACGCUUCAUGCAGGCCAGGCAGCAAAGAGGCAGUGAUCAUGGGAUCAAAGCACAGGGGGAUGGAUGGUUAUUAACUGUUGCCUUGAUCGAGGGAGCCAGCCUAGCAGCAGUGGAUUCAACCGGUUAUUCUGAUCCAUAUGUGGUGUUUACCUGCAAUGGAAAAACAAAAACGAGUUCAAUCAAGUUUCAAACUUUAGAACCUCAGUGGAAUGAAAUUUUUGAAUUUGACGCCAUGGAUGAUCCUCCAUCAGUUAUGGACAUAGAGGUUUACGAUUUUGAUGGACCUUUUGAUGAUAUUACCUCCCUUGGUCGUGCUGAAGUCAACUUCCUGAAGUCUAAUUUAUCCGAGCUGGCUGACAUAUGGAUUCCCCUUCAAGGAAAGUUAGCUCAAGCUUGUCAAUCUAAGUUGCACUUGAGAAUCUUUCUAAACAACUCAAGAGGUACUCAUGAAGUUGUCAAAGAUUACCUUAACAAAAUGGAGAAAGAGGUCGGAAAGAAGAUAACUGUGAGGUCGCCUCAGACAAAUUCAGAAUUCCAGAAGAUUUUCAGUCUGCCUCCGGAGGAGUUUCUAAUCAAUGAUUUCACUUGUCACUUGAAGCGCAAAAUGCUUACACAGGGUCGCCUCUUUCUAUCUCCUAGAAUAGUAGGGUUUUAUUCGAACCUGUUUGGGCACAGAACAAAGUUCUUCUUACUCUGGGACGAUAUUGAAGACAUCCAAUUGAUCGCUCCGACCUUGUCUUCGAUGGGCAGCCCAUCACUUUUAAUUAUUCUUCGGAAAGGCAGAGGCAUGGAUGCGAAGCAUGGGGCAAAGGCGAUAGACCAUGAAGGGAGACUUAGAUUCCAUUUCCAGUCUUUUGUAUCAUACACGGUGGCCCACAGGACAAUAAUGGCUUUGUGGAAGGCAAGGUCCUUGAGCCCCGAACAGAAAGUACAAUUGGUUGAAGAAGAAUCCGAAACCAAAUCCCUCCAUACUGAAGAUAAUGGAUCCUUCUUGGGCAUAACAGAGGCCAAAAUGUCAGAGGUUUUUUCAUCUACCAUUCCUCUCAAUAUGAACUCGCUGAUGGAAGUGUUUGAGGGAGGUUCUUUGGAGCAAAGAGUAAUGGAGAAAGUUGGUUGCAUCGACUACUCUGUUACACCGUGGGAAUCAGUUAAGUCUGAUGUAUUCCAGAGGCAAGUUCACUACAAAUUUAACAAACAUUUGUCUUCUUCUGGAGGGGAAGUGACAACAACCCAGCAAAGGUCGCCGCUACCUGACAAUAGAAAUGGUUGGGUUAUCGAAGAGGUUAUGGCACUCCAAGGAGUCCUACUUGGCGACUAUUUUAACCUUCAGUUGAGGUAUCAAAUAGACGAUCUCUCUCCUAAAACAAAGGCAUGCAAUGUCCAAGUAUGCCUAGGGAUUGCGUGGCUAAAGAGCACGAAACAUCAAAAGAGGAUCACGAAGAAUGUGAUGUCUAAUUGUUCUCUCCGGCUCACGCAGAUGUUCAGUCAUGCCGAAAGGGAACUCUCGCCAGUUAAGUAGGAGAACUCGUAAGCGGCCUUCUAGUUGAUAGCUGUAAAUAUUCUGCUCACCCAGGAACAACUUCUUUUACCAUCAAAAUUCAAGACUCACAGAAGCUGAUUCCCACUUUCAAAUCAUUCUUUUCCAGUAAAAAGGAAACAAGUAGGAUAAGAAAGGUUACACUCUACGGACUAAGAAUGAAGAACAGGUUUAUGAAUCGAUGUCGGCAGAAACAUGAUCAUUAUCGAUAGUGGUUUCUACUCCAAGUUUGUAAAAUGUACAUAGAGAUCUCUAGCCAAUACCGAGCGGGGAAAGCUUGAUAGUAAAGGAUUAAGCCGUUUUGCUUAUGAAUGCAGGGGUCGUCCGAUUUGUAUUUCUGACACUGUUUGUGUUGUCUGCACGAGUUGGGAAGAAAAAGGGGAAAAACUUACCGAAACUUCGGUACACCACAAAUGGUGGCUGUGGAAUUUUGACUGGUAGGGAUUUGUGAUGUGGUCCAAUCGCCGCAAUGCAAAGUUGCGCGCAAACAUUGUAAUUUGGUGUGUAAGAUGGUGAAAAUAAAUGACGGCGGUUAUUCUUCUGUUGUGCAACCGCAUAACGGUGGUUAUUCUUCUGUUGUACAACUGCAUAACGGCGGUUUUCGGUGGUUAUUCUUCCGUUAUUAUUCUUGUUCCUUGCAUCGCCUGUACUCUUCUUUGACAAUUGAGUGAAAUGAAAAUGUUGCAAAUAAGUAUUUCUGGUUCA